GUAACACUGCUCUGAUAUUAAUUUGCGAUUGCUUUCAGGUAGUAUAUUUCAAAGGAGCUCCACUCAAUAACUGCUGGGCGUUUAUAGAUGGCACAACCCGACCCAUAUGCCGGCCGAACAAUGAUCAGCGUGCUUACUUUUCGGCCACAAAAAACUGCACGCAUUGAAGUACCAGGCACUGAUGAGCGCGAACUGGCUCGUCUGUGAACUCGACGGACCGUACCCUGGGAGCAGGCAUGAUGCUGGAAUUCUGCGUGAGAGCAAGCUCUACGAGGAACUGGAGCUGCUAGUCCCAGGAGAAGACUUCGUGAUAUACGGAGACCCUGCGUAUCCGCUGCGACCACUUCUUAUGAAGCCUUACGGGGGUGCGCGACUCACAAGCAUGGAAGAGCAGUUCAAUGCUGCUAUGAGUGCAGUGAGGCAAUGUGUGGAAUGGGGAUUCGCGAAGAUAAUCUUGCAGUUUGCUUUUGUGGACUUCAAGAAAAACCAAAAACUCUUCUUGCAGGCUGUGCCUAGAAUGUAUCGAGUAAGCGUGCUUUUUAGCAACUGUCACACGUGUAUGUAUGGCAGCCAGGUGUCCUCCUACUUCGGGCUGGAGCCGCCUUGCCGGUUCGAUUAUCUGCAUCCCAGACAGCAAUAAGCAAGGUCAAGCAUGAACG